AUGUCCCUCACCCUCUGCAAGCUGCUGCAUUGGAAUGGGCGUCUCCUGAGCUUGAUACUUGUAUGGAAGUCACUUGUUUGGCAUCUUCAACUUUUGAGACCGACAGAGGGAUUUCAGAGGCCGCUUCCAGUUCCCCGUGGCAGCUUGCGAGCAUCGUCCCACCAUUCUGCCAGCAGCAACGUGCUCGUGUCUUCAAAUAAAACAACCACAAGAACUUUCGACGAUGACUACCAUCACGUGAUUUCGUCCAAUCUAAGAAGAGCCUUGCUAUUGCAGGUUGCUGGAUGCGUGUUGCUCUUGCCAGAUGUAGGCCAUUCACUGGAAUCCAAGCCAGAAAAGUACGCUCCAACUCUCGUGUACCGAAAGAUCCUGGGCCGCGGAAGCUACAAGACUGUGUACCUGGUGUCAUCCACUGAUGACGAUGAUGUUUCUUUUGCCAUGGCAGUGGAAAAGGUCAGCUCCAAGCAACAAGUACGGGACGCCAUGAGAGGCAUACGAAUUCCGGAACAACUUGAGAAGAAGCUCAUUGGCAGCAGCAACAACAGCAACGAUCAUUACCCAUUGGAACGGAUAGAGUCCUGGUGGUUUCAAACUUCUCCGUUGCCCGAUUUCGAACCAGGACAGCCCAUCACAUCACAUCAUCAUCACUUCAAUCUACACAAACACAAACACCGCCUACCAAGUUUAUGGGGCAUUCCUACUGUCACGUCUGCCACUCCAACGCCACCACCGCAAGCAGUCGCAGGUCUGGCCCUUGACGACAGUUCCACAGCACGUCGUUUGGUACGUGAAAUCUGCCGGACAGGACAAGAUAUACAUUCCCUGGGACUGGUACAUCGGGACAUUAAACCAGCCAAUUGGAUGCUGCAAAACGGCCAUCCCGUCCUGAUUGAUUUUGGUUUCUCCCAAUUCACAAGUGGCAGCAGCAACGACAACAUUUGUGUCGAGGAACCGGGGAAACUUAGGGGAGAUCCUCAUUACAUGGUGGCAUCGGAUGCUGCGUCGUACAAAGGAUGUUCCCAAGGAGAUGCGUAUGCCAUUGGAAAGACUCUCUAUGAAGUACUCUUUGGGCCCAAAAACCACCGCCGACGCCGCAACUUGCCAACAGAGUCUUCCUCGUCGUCCUUUUCGUCGGUAGGAUCGCAGCAGCAAAGCUCCAGUAGUAGCAGUGACAGCAGCAGUAGCAGCUCUGGAAAAAAGACAAAGUUGGAGCGGAUACAGUUGCAAAAUGACCGUUUCCGAAGGCUCGUAUCCAAAGAUCGGGCCUUUCACAGGAGUAGGUUUCGGUUGACAGAACAGGAUCACAAAGCAAUCUGCCAAGUUAUCCGAGGCCUGUGUCAAGAAAACAAUCCCUUGUCUUUGAAAGAUGCAGUCGGUAUGCUUUAG